AUGGAACUCCCGACAUAUGAUGGAAAUAUCCAUCCAAAUAUAUGGCUUAAACAAGUUCAAGCGCAUUGUUUUCUUAAACAAAUAACAAAAGACGAAGAAAUCCUUAAAUUUGCAAAGUUGGUGAUUAAUCCUACCAUUGAUAUUCCUAAAGACAUAGCUACUUUAAAUGAACUAGUUAAUGCACUUAAAAAGGACAUUUCCUUUACAAUAUUCAAGAAUACGAAUGUAUGGAAAUUACAAUUAUUAAAAUACGUUCCUGAUAAAGAAGGAGGUGAAACUUCAAAAUUUAUUUCAAAUUUUCGGCAAUUAUGUUAUAACGCAGAAAUUAAUGAUAUAAAGGAACAAAUGAAAUACCUAAGUCAAUCGUUUCCAAAUGGUUAUUUUUUAACUGAAUUUUUUAAGAGGAGAGAAAGAAUUAAUCAUAUGAAUGUAUUAAUUAAAGAAUUUGAGGAAAUCGUUAUGGAUGAGUCAAAAUUAAUCAAAAACGGAUCUUUUGUAACAUUUAAACAUGUUACUACAGGAAAAUAUUUAAGUUCAAUUGACAAUUUAUGUUAUACAACCGGAAGCAGGUCUCAAUUGGUUUUUGCAAAUAAUUUACUUAAUACGGAUGUUUUAUGGAAAGUCAUUUUCACGAGCGAUAAAGAAUUAGCUUCAUACUCCGAUACGAUAAAUUUACGACACAAAAAUUCUAAUAAAUUACUUGGAAUUCCUUCAUAUUAUAAAUCUCCAGUAACUGGGCACACAGAAGUGGAUUUUUUAGGUUAUAAUACCCAAUGGAAGUUUAAAAAGAGUAAAUUAAAAAAUUUUCAAGGAUAUUUGAAAUCAAAUACCAUUAUUAACAUUCUUAAUUCUUCUAAUCAAGAAAUUUUACGUAGUCAUGAUUUUCAAUUUACUAUUAAUAACGAUAAAUUUCAAGAGGUUGUUUGUCAUUUAGAAAGACUAGGGGGCAAUGAUAAGUGGUGUAUUGAACUUUAUGAAUGA